AUCAUCCCUAACCCCAAACUUUUUCUCAGCUGCUAAAAAGUUAUCAACCUUUCUGUCCCAUUCUUUUCUUACUUAUUUUCUCGCAUUUUCUCUCUCCCCAAACACCCCCUUCAACUUUUCCUCUUCCCUUCCUUUUUCCUUCUGACAAACCUUCUCUCUGAUGCAUCACUAAAACCUUCACUGUCUUUCUCUCUCACUUUUGUCCCUUUUAACCCAUAAGUUUCCUCCAAAGCUUCAUAUUCUCUCCCGUCCUUCACGACGUUCUCUCUCUCAUCAAUUCAUCGAUCAUGCUUCAAAGCUUGGUCCCUCGAUCCUCUCUUUCUGAGACUAAUCGUCCUAACGGUGCCUCCUCCGCCAUGAAGACCAAGCGCGUCGACCGUGACCUUGAUGAUGCUGCCGGCGACGGUGAUGAUCCUUCCUCGUUCAAAAGGCCGAGCUCCGGGAGGAAUUUCUCCGGCGAGGCCUCUGUCUCCGGCGAGAAGACUGUCGAGGAAGGGGGAGGCCAUGAGGAUCAGGAGCCGCUGUUCGAAGGUACCGAGUCAACUGGUCUUAGACUUCUCGGGCUGUUGCUACAAUGUGCCGAGUGCGUCGCCAUGGACAACCUGGAUGAUGCCAGUGACCUCUUGCCGGAGAUAGCAGAGCUGUCCUCGCCGUACGGGACGUCGCCGGAACGCGUCGGCGCGUACUUUGCACACGCGCUGCAGGCGCGCGUCGUCAGCUCCUGCCUCGGCAGUUACUCGCCUCUCACCACGAAAUCGCACACUCUCGUUCAGUCUCAGCGAAUCUUUAACGCCUUCCAAUCCUACAACUCCGUCUCUCCUCUCGUCAAAUUCUCGCACUUCACAGCCAACCAAGCCAUCUUCCAGGCCCUCGACGGCGAAGAUUGCGUCCACGUCAUCGACCUGGACAUCAUGCAGGGCCUUCAAUGGCCAGGAUUGUUCCACAUCCUUGCCUCUCGCUCGAGGAAGAUCCGAUCAAUGAGGAUCACCGGGUUCGGAUCCUCCUCCGAGUUGCUCGAAUCGACCGGCCGGCGGCUCGCCGACUUCGCAAGCUCACUCAGCUUACCCUUCGAGUUCCACCCUGUGGAGGGUAAAAUCGGAAACAUAACCGAACUGAGUCAACUCGGGGUGAGGCCGAACGAGGCCAUAGUGGUCCAUUGGAUGCACCAUUGCUUGUACGAUAUCACCGGAAGCGAUUUGGGGACGUUGAGGUUGUUGACUCUGUUGAGGCCGAAGCUGAUCACGACGGUGGAACAGGAUCUGAGUCACGCCGGGAGCUUCCUCGCGAGGUUCGUGGAGGCCUUGCAUUAUUACAGCGCGUUGUUCGACGCGCUCGGGGACGGAUUGAGUGGGGACAGCACAGAGAGGCAUACGGUGGAGCAGCAGCUGUUUGGGUGCGAGAUAAGAAACAUCGUUGCCGUUGGUGGGCCCAAGAGGACCGGUGAAGUGAAGGUCGAGAGAUGGGGCGAUGAGCUGAGGCGGAUCGGGUUCCGACCCGUGUCUCUACGGGGCAACCCGGCCUCCCAAGCGAGCCUCUUGCUGGGUCUGUACCCAUGGAGAGGGUACACUCUGGUGGAAGAGAAUGGGUGUCUCAAGUUGGGAUGGAAGGAUCUUUCUCUUCUGACCGCAUCUGCGUGGCAGCCGUCGGAUUAGAUUUCUUUUCUUGGAUGAAAUCCAAGGGCGGUGAUUUGUUAGAUCCUCGUGACUCAGAUGCCGUCGUAGAUUACAAGGGGGUGAUGACAUACACGUGAUCAUAACUCUGGUGUUGCGAGGAUCUCUGCUUCUGCUUCUGCCAUUAGAUUCUUGGGGAAAGUGGUGGGGGAUUCUUUUUUGGGUAAACGAGUAAAAUGGGAAAUGAUUACAACUAUGAUUGUAAUUUAUUUUUUUUAAUAAAAUAAGUUUGUGUUGUAUUUUUA